UUGCAAUUUGAUGUUUUUCCCCACACUCAGUGGCGUCAUGUGUAUUUAUCUUUCUUUUUAGUAAUUUAACCGCAAUAUUGCAUUUAUUUAUUGUAUUUUAUAUCAUAGAAAUUAUAAGUUAAAUGAUAAAGCCUACGUGUUCGUAAUAAUAAGUAAUAAAAGUAAUAAUCGUCGUAAGGUAUCUAUAAAAAUAAAAUGGAUAGAAAUAAUAUGAGAUCAAACUAUGUGAACAGUGGACCAAGGUCUCUCCCGCACAUGGGGGGACACAAACGCCACAAUGGAAACAGUCACAAUGGUUCACGAUUGAGUCCACCAGCGCAGCCAACAAAUAACAACAUCCACAACAAUAACAACAACAGUCAACACGAUGAUAUAGUGAACUAUAUAUUUGACUCUUGGAAUAAGGUAACACGCGAAUUAGAAAGAGGCAGCGAAGAUGCAAAAUAUUAUCAAGAAGUGCUCUCUCCACGUCAGCUUGCUAACUUCAGGCCAUUCAACUUGGACGACUGGUGGGGGUGCCGCAUGAUGCAGACAAUCAACCGCAAGCACCGGUCUUAGUUCAAGUACACUCUCAUGUUAAUGAUAUCUCAUUGAAACACCACAUCAUUUUGAUGCAAAAUCCACAGCUGAUUGCAAAGCGAUGUAUUGUGACCAUAGAAAUUUAGAUAACAAGGUAAUAGAAAUGGCAUAUACAAGAUAAACCCUUUAAUAUUCAAAAUAUCUUCAAUGAGGCUUGCGUUCGAUAGUAUCUGCCAGCCUAGAAGAAGAUUUCUAUGGUUGUGAUACUAUGCUAGUGGUAUGUCACAUUAGGGUGGUCAUGUAAUACAUGGUUAUUUGAAAUUCUUUAUUUCAUUGCUGAGAAUUUAAAAUUUGCACUUCCUUGUAUGUAGGUAUAAAAUGAUAAACAUUUAGAAAAUCAAAAACACUGUCUUUCCAAAAUUUUUGAGUUGAAAUUUAGGCUGCAGAGCACGCCAAAAAUAUGCUCGUAAAAGUUAACCCAUCUUCAGCACUUAAAAACAUAAUGUGAAACUGACUUAUCUUGAAAAUUUACGCCUAAAUCACAUAAUGGUACUUUAUUACGAUAAACAUAGGGUUUGCUGACACUGCUUAUGUGCGUUAAACACUGCUUGCACACAGCCCCAAUUUUUUACGAGUCAGGUCCAUCUAGUAUCAUAUUUUAUCGGUUGCUUACUCUAGUUACAAAACCUAUGCACACUUUUCAUAGACUGUGGUGUGAUAUCAAGUAGUGAACCCGUGAGUUAAACCUGACAUUAGUAAUAACCUCUAACCUCUAGAUUACAGUACAUUUAAUAUAGAAUCGAUAAUAUGGAAAAAUUCAAUUAAUAAGAGUGGUAGGUAGAUACACAUAAUAAAUAUUACUAACAAAUCACAUAACGGAAGUCCUCACUCGCAUAAUACAGGUGUGUGGUUGAAGAUAGAGGAGUGCAGGCUCAUUCUUUUAACAUACUAUUAAAGUGUUUCUCAGAUAGCAUGGGUACGGUGACAGUUCGUUUCACUCUUGAAGGUUUGCAGCGAUUCACGAUAAUAGUACGUAUUAUGAAUGUCUUAAGGCAACUGUUACCGUGUCCAUGCUAUCUUUAAUCCUAACGCGAUCCGAUGCCAUCUCGGACUAAUUAUAUUAGGACUAGUAUAGCACCCAAAUUCAUGAACAAAAUUAACAGUGUUUUAUACAAAAACAUAUUUUUAGGAGCUCUUUAACCGACGAACACAAUUAUAAUUAUGAAACAUCGAUUCUAUAGAGACAGUUUUUAGAUCGCAUUAGAUUGUUGAUCAUAUACUUUGACAGAAAAGAAACGUCUAGCGAGGCAGGUCCUUAUGUAACUCUGAGUAUGCAAUACAUUGAAGCCUCAAUGGUUCUUUAAGACCUUGUACGUUGGGGUCUUAGGUAAAUCGGUAAAGGAUCUCGUACUACAGACGCGGACCAUUGUCGUACCCAUUCCUAACACGUGGAGGCGAAUGUGAAUAUUGUAUCAUAUUUAUAAUAAGACAUAUUUUUGUUCUAUUGUUUUCAUGUGUCAGUCUACAAACUAUGAGCAGAGAAGUUGUAGGAAGUUUGGCUAUACAGGCGAUUCGACGCUCGUAAAUACCGCAAAUUUUGGAUUGAAAGCCACAUGACCGCCAAAUUUCCAUAAAAAAGACAAAAUAAAUUCAAUAUGUUGUCUUGAGUUGCAUCAAAUACAAGUGCGUAUUUGAUCUGUAGCCCUAAGAUAUGCACCACUACGUAUCUUACGAGAAAGGCAAAUGACUAGAAGAAAAAAAGACAUAAUUUCGACCACCAGAGCAGCAGAAUUGGAAUAUCACUUUCUUUAAAUUCCAACGCAACGUUUCAAACGUUUCAAAAGCUGUCUCGACCCUUCGGUAUUGGUCGACAAUACGAAAAUGUAUCUUUGUCUUCACUAUAUAUCUCGUGACAUGCAAGUGAACAGUAGGUACGGCACUAUAAAGCUAAAAUCACCAGAUGCACACGCCACGCGAUUCAAUAUUUAUUGAUAGGCAUAUUAUGUCCAUACUUACCUCUUCUUCCUCUGGCGACAUACCCCGCACCCCUGUAUUACGAGGACGAGGACUAAAGUUAUGCAGUUUGUUUAUAAAUACACAAUUAAACUAUUACACUUAUAGCAUAUUUUUGUCAAAAUAAGUUACAAUAAUGAAUAAUAACAUAUUUAAAUGUUGUAUGUAGAAAAUUAAUUCGAAAUGGCAAUAAAUAUUGUGUACAAUUUAGAUUUUAUAGCACGACGAGACAAUGAGAUAUUUUUAACUUUCAGACAUCUUCUUCACGAUAUGUUUUUUUCUCCUAAGAUCUACCUAGUUACCCUAUAAAAAUUAAAUUUAAAUGAUAUAAAUAUCUCACUUUUGCUGUUAUGAAAAUAAUUAAAAUGUGAAAAUCGUAGAACACACAAGCUUGGGCGGAGAAUAUUAACUAUAUAUUUUGGGUGUAUAGAUCUCUGCCCUUGACUUCUAUGUUUUUGCAAAAAAGCAAUAAUUUUAAAUCACGUAGGAGAUUAUUAUGUAAGUUUAAAAGAUUUGUGUUAGUUAAUUUUACUUGUAAUUUGUAAGAGAAUGUGUUUUUGCCGGUUAGAAUAAGCUAGAAACUUACAAUAUUUGAUUUAAUUGUGUUUUAAUAUAAUCAAGAUUAUUUUAUAGUAUGCGCUAGAUUCAGGUAAAUUGAAACGAAAUAUGGUUGAGUGUGUCUAUUUCUUUCUGUUUCCAGUAAAAACAAAGAACACUCAUAUUACUACAUAUUGAAUGAGUGUUAUUUGUUUGUUGUGUCCAUGUUAGUAAAGCUACAAACUAUCUGCUUUUGAUACUACCAUUUAAGCCAAUAAUCUGAAAUUACUUUAAUUUCUCUGUUACACUAAAAUAUUUCAGUUGUUCUGUCCUUUGCUUUUUUAUUAUUUAAAAAAAACGGUUUUGGUUUGAUUAUUAUUAUUAAAAAAAACUUUCCAUUUAGGUGAUUAAGUGACUGUUUCUCUGACAAAUAAACCAAUUUAUUUGUUAUUCAUUGGAUUCAAAUUAUAUUUCUUGUAAUACUAUGUCAAUGACUGAAUUUGAAUUAUUAUAUUUAAUAAAAAAACAGAUGCACUCAACUUUUUUUUCAUUUUAAAUUGUCAUAAAAUAUUUCUAUUGUUUAUUUAUUUAUUUUUUGAAAUAAUUUGAAAUUAAAAUUACAUCACAUGUACUGUGUUUAGGGUUUUAACAGUGGAAUGACGUCCUGAAUCCUUGGUGAUUUAUGAAAUAUUUUUUGUUCGUAUAGUAAUUGUUACACUGAAUUUAUCUUAAGUGUAGUGCAUAAAGUGACACUUAUUUCUGUAAUAUUUCACAGGUAUAAUAAGCCCAGGUUAGGAGUUGCACAGAUGUAAUUACAGCUGACUGUACUAGUAGAUUAUAAGCCUCUAUACAGUUUUAUCAUACAAUUCAAAACAUUUCUCUCUUGUAUGCUAUGACUAGUUUCUGAGGAGGCCGUUUAUUUAGAGCUAGACAGACUAGUUAUCGAUUAGGAAAUGCCGAUCUAAUUGCUACGUGUUCUAGCCGGAAAACAUAGAUCUAUUAUGUAGAUUUUUCAGAACUGUAUCUGUUCACAAAAAAAAACAUUUUUGAAGAAUAAUACAUCUAAAUAAAUCACUUUUUGUAGAGCAAAGUUAGAA